AUGCACUACGACAUCGGGUCCGAACACGAGGAAGGUGAGGAGGAAGAGGAGAGGGAAGAUGACCCCAUCAUUGAUGUCACCGAUGCACCGGGGGAAGAAGAAGUAGACUAUGAGCAGGAUACUUACCACAACAAAGAUCUUCGAGACCUGAAAAUCCCUGCACUUCCUUCGACAGCCGCGGGAUAUCGAGCAUGGAGGAACGGCGUUUUGACAUCGUUCAGCAGCAUAGACAAGAGUGGGAACGCCAGGAUACUGAGAUGGCUCCAGGUCGCCCUUGAUCCAGCCAUAGGAGACCGACAGAUGCGCAAUCUGCAGGUCACGUCUGACGGCCUUCCCCGCCUUGAUGCAUUCCUGGCUGCACAGCUUACAGAUCCAAAACACCUCAAGGGAGACUACGGAGUCGCUGCCCAGGCGUUCACCGAGCGAGCACAUGCGUUAGGCGUGCAGCCUUCCGGGCGUGCGCUGUUGGCAAUGCUCAGCCGAAGGUUUCGGGUAGACCGGAUCAGGGGGGCGACAGUCUCCCAGCAGACACUCUUAGCCAUCCAGCUCGAAGGCUUCAGCCAACAACAACUGCAAGCCUUUAGAGAAAAGGUUGAGUUUUGUUUGAACGGUUUCAGUCCCGAAGCAUGGCCCGCUGAGUCUACCUUGUUUAGCUGGUUAUACUCCAAGCUCAAGCACUGCAGGCUUCUUUCCAGAGCAGUCGACAAGAUCAAAGACUCCAAUCCAGGUAGCAACAAGCGAACCUUUGCGUGGUUGUGGUCGCAGCUUGUCGAAUUGCUAGAUGAGCUGAGAGAAGAAGCAAACGAAGAGUCAAUUCGUGACACUCUCAUCAAGCCCAAAGCCAAAGCUGCUCCCGCCCCAAAGAAAGAGGAGCGUUCCCGCGAUAAGCCGGACAAGCCCACUCCUGCCAAUCCAGCCCCUCCGGCCAAGACCAAAGGUUCUGGGAAGGAUGGGAAAGACAAGGAUGGCAAGGGAAAGGGGGGUAAAGGGAAUGGUAAGGGUGCAGAUUCACAGAAAACACCAAACAAGCCAAAGGCGAAAUCAGGCGGUAAAGGCCAGGGCUCCAAAGCUGAAGGCAAAGCCCCAAGCAAAGGAAAUGCCCCCAAAGCUACCGUACCAUGCCUGUUCUUCCCAAAGGGAACGUGUAACCGGGGUGAGAAUUGUCCGUUUUCGCAUGAGACCUCUCCCGGUAACAAGGCCCCAGGGUCAAAGACUACUGGAGCUAGCGCUACGGCAAAGAGCUCUGCCGCAGCUGUCGCCCUGCUGCUUCCCACUACGGCGCGGGGUGCCUCGGUCGAUGGUUCCUCCACACCGAGCAAGACAACCUUUUGGAAGCGUUCAGGAUUGAGUAGGUUCUUCCAGUUCGUUUCGGGGUGGUUUACUGUGUUCAGCAACAUCUGCGCUCCUGCCUGUCCCGCCACUGUCACUCCGUUGCUUGUAGCAUCUCAGCAUCAGCACCCGCAACAGGGAUGGUUCUACCACGAGUGGAUCGCUGAUAGUGGUGCAGGUAGAUCCCUAGAGAGUCGUGAAGCCCUCAAUGAACAAGGCAUUCCUGAAGACGCAUACGCACACAUGGCCGAACAGGCACCCACAGUAUCCUUUUCCACAGGGAAUGGUGUCGUUGAUUCAGGGCUCAUGCUUGGCUUCGAGGGUUCCAUUCUAGGAAACAAUUCUGCAUAUCUCCUGGACAACUGCCCUAGUGUAAAAUCACUUGGUGAGUUGGUAGAGACAAAGUCUAUGCCGUUUGUAUGGUUGCCAGGAAAGCUUCCGAUGUUCCUGUCGAGUGUCGAACACGUUCAGGUCAUUGAAGAAUCCGCCAUAUGUGCCGAUAGAGUUGAGGGAAAUGUUCCAAUCUUCAGGGAACAGGUCAGAUUCGUCUCGCCUUCCACUGUUGCGAUGCCUGGCUUCAUGAGCGAUGCUAGAAAGGCAAAGCCUCUUGCACGCACUACCAUAGAGCCUUCACGGCACACCACGUAUCGACCCUCGCCGCAUAUCACGGAGGAGUCUACCUUGCUUGAGUUGUUGCAGGAUCCAGGGGUCCCGCCACCUCCACUUCCUCCACCUGCCAUUCCGCCAGGUUCUGGGUCGGACUCAGGAGAGGACGUGACAUCAGAACGUCAGAAGCAACUCAUCAAGGAGGAAUCGACUCGCGCGGUGCAUUUGGCUGCUGGGUUCCAUGUGGUUCCAGAUCUGUGGCAUGUGUCCGUGCAGUUUGCCGCGCAGACUUUGACAGUUGUACCGUGGCAGGGCAAAGACAAGUCGCGUUUCGAGGUUGCAACUGGUUCCCCAUUCGAAGGCCCAAGGCUUCCCUUGGGACAGUUGGUGCAUUACAGGAUCCAUGACCCCAGCCGCAGGCAUAAGUUCGAAGCUACAACUGCUCCCGGACUAUUUGCAGGUUGGAGGUUUGAGCACGGAUUUGUGUAUCGUGACGUGAUCUGGGUGCUAGACUAUGAAGCCGUCAAGUCCAAGUCGAUUGGGUAUAGGGACAUGAUCCCCGUGCCAUAUGCGGAAGUGCAUGUCCCAGAGACUGAGACCUUCCCGCUAAAGGCCGCGGCGGAUCUUGCUCUUCGCGAGUUCCAGGAUCCCAAACUUGAGGCUAUCACAGCGCUGGACAUACCAUUCAGCUCACUGUCCCCUGCUGAUCCUCCUCGAAGGCGCGCAGAGUACAUUACGCUUGAACGCAUUCUUAAGUUCGGUGCCACACCAGGAUGCAAAGCGUGCACUUUCGAUUCCGUGAAGCAUAGUCCUAAAUGCCGAGCAAGAUUCGAUGCCCUGAUAAAGGCUGAUAGGAUUGCGUUGACGUCCAAGCCCCCUGAGCCAGUUCCUCCAGCUGAGCUCCCCGAAGGCGUUGGUCUCCACCCUUCGAGUGAGCCCGCUGUAGAAGGUCUUGUUGCGAAGGUCGAGCUCGGUGUGACGCAAGUCUUUGUCGAUGUCAACAGGGAAAGAGUCCGCCAAAGAAAGGUGCAAACGCUCAUAGGCAAGGAUGUGUUGUUCGAAUAUGCGUGUGGCGACAGUUCAGAGCUUUCGCAAGCUGCGUCCGAAAUUGGCAUCAACAGUAUCCGCUUAUGCCGAAGCAUGAUUGAUUUGUCCAACGAAGAACAUGUCAAACAAGUUCAAGGUCAGGUCGAAGCAUCGCCAGGUUGUGAUGUGUGGCUCUCAUUGCCGUGCACCGAGUUCAGUCCGUGGCAGAACAUGAACGUCCAUAGGCAUGGGGCGAAGUACGGAAAGGGUCUUCGGAAUCGCCAAGAGAAGAGCAAGCUUAUGUUCUUGUAUGCCCGCAAGGUACUCGCAACUGCCAUCGCAAAUCAUGGAAGGAUCGCAGUCGAGUGGCCCAAAGGGUCCGGCUGGUGGGAUCUCCCUGAAUGGAAAGAAUUUCAGGAUGAACAUGGUCUACACAAAGUGUCUUUUGAUGGCUGCAUGGCUGGAGUGAAGGGCCGAGAGCAUCCAAUCCGCAAGCCCUGGAGCGUAGCCACUAAUGAUCUGCGACUUGUUCAAUUUCUUGGACAACUGCAAUGUGACGGUAGCCACCAGCACGAGGCCGCCGAAGGCUCACAAACAAAGCAGACUGAAGCAUACCCACGAGAGCUCGCUCACAACAUCGUCGAAGCGUGGUAUCCGCAACGCUACCAUCGCCACAUCCCCUCCAUGGUCACGAAGAACUUAACAAAGCGGGAAUGGAAAGCAGACCCGCGCGGAGUUGCAGCCGUGAAGAAGGAGGCAGAAGGGUUACGUUCUAACGGAACGUGGGAUGAUUUGACAGUCUGUCUUUUGUCUUCCUUGCGUGCCGAUGCAAAACGGCAAAACCGUAAACUCAAAAUUGCAGAGCUUCUCACAUUAUGUGGGAUAAAACAUUUCGAACUCCCUGAGCAUGAACACAAGUUCAAAGGGAGAAUCGUGUACAGGGGGGACUGCAUUUUUGACCAGUUCGGAAACCAUGUUCUUUUUGAAGACGUGGCUACCACACCAACUUCCUUGGUUGCCCUUAACAUCGCAUUGUUUUUCGGCUGCCAAGAUGGAAACGCAGUGAGCCUUGCAGAUGCCAUUCAGGCAUUUCUUCAAGCUGACCUCGCUGAGGCAGGAGAGCCCGACACAUGGGUUAUCCUCCCCGAGGAGCUGUGGUUGGACACAUGGCACAAAGCGUACCCAUCAGGGUCGAAGUUGGUGGUAAGGUUGAAGCGAAGCUUAUAUGGCCAUCCGCUUGCUGGCAAACUAUGGCAGAAACACCUAGCCUCUGUUCUCACUUCCUUUGGUGGCGUUGAGAUGGAUUUGUUUCCUUCAAACUUCAUCUUUCAAAUGGGUUCCCAUACCCUGCUACUUAACGUGUAUGUAGAUGACCUAACGUUGUCGGGAGCAAAGCAUCUUCAUGCACAGUUUUGGAAAAGGCUGAGAGCGCAUAUCAAGCUGGAAGACGAAUGUUACAUCGAAGCCUCGAAUGCACGGAUCCUUGGCAGAGGUCACCGAAUCCAACGAGGCAGUGACUUCACAACUCUUGUGCUUGAUAUGUCUGCUUUCGCAGAGCAGGUCGUCGAGGCGUACUGCGAGCUUGCUGAUGUCCCAAAGGCAAAGCUCCGUAACGUCACAACCCCAAGUUUGUCCGAGGCGUUAUUGUCAGAUGAGGACCUGCAGCAACCCGGCACACUGAGCCAUGUAGCUGCAAAGGUACUUAUGAAAGCACUUUGGCUGGGUCGGUUGGCUCGCCCUGAUCUGUGUUUCAUAAUCGGUCGGUUAGCGUCACGAGUGGCCGCGUGGACUAAAUGGGAAGACAAGCAGUUACUUCGCCUGAUUUCGUAUCUUCACGGUACAACAGGCUUAUGUUUAGCUGCUACUGUGAACCAUCACGAAGCUCCCCAGAUCCACAUCUUCACUGACAGUGAUUUCGCCUCUUGUCCGCAUAGUGCAAAAUCGACGAGCGGGAUCUACAUGACUAUAGGGUCAACAGAUUUCCGCUUUCCGCUGUGGUGGGCAUCUAAGAAACAGACGAGUGUUGCAAGAAGCACUCCCGAGGCUGAGGCCAUAGCAAUGGCUUCCGCCAUGUUUGGUGAGGCCUUGAACAUUCAGGUCAUGAUGGAGCAUCUCCUCGGUCGUGCUAUCGACGUCGUAUUCCAUCAAGACAACGAGACCUUGCUCAAAGUCCUGGCUACAGGCUAUUCGGCGAAGCUGAGACACUGCAAUCGAGUCCACAGGGUCAACAUUGCAUCAAUGUCUGAACAGCUAGAGUCGCCACAAGUCACUGCCGUGUACUGCAAGAGCGAAUCUCAGAUAGCUAAUGGCCUAACAAAAGUCAUUCCACCUGCAGAAUGGCCACAUACUCUCGCACAGUUUGGCUUGACAGCAUCCAGCGAUGGACCCCACCUGGAAACUGCCGUCGCCGCACUUGCAGAGGCAAAUCUUGCCGCAGAAGUCUUCGCAGGCAGUUGCCCAAAGGUCCCGACUUGUCAGCAUCUGGUGCAGCUACUGACGCUGUUACCUCAUGGUCCUGAUAAGAGGGGGGCACCGGGGCACGACUCGCAUGUAUUUUCUGCGGGCGCAUUUGUCUUAGGAGGAGUGUUUGGCCUGCAGACAAACACACACAAAUUUCAAUAUGCAACGGCGUUGAUAUGUCGAUUCUUUCGACGUUAUAUGCCAUCACACAAGUUCUCAAGCAUAAUCGUGCAGCAAGGUGUAGUCGCGGGGCUCCACCGAGACUCCAACAAUGCAGAAGGCUCAAAGAACCUCCUUGUAGCGUUAAAUCCAACAAGUGGACCCAUAUUGUGGGUAGAAGAUGAGGAAGGGACUGUCCAAUGUCCAAACGACGACAGCCUAUGGGGUCACAUGUUGUGUAACCCUGCACUCUUCAAUCCCAGAGCACGCCACUGCACAGUCCUGACAGGAUGUGAGGCUUCAGAACGAAUCGUUGCCAUAGCAUUCCUGAUCAGAAAUGCCGAGCGCUUGAGUCCUUCAGACCGCGCAACACUACUGAGCGCAGGUUUCAACCUGCCCUCAAUCUGCUAG